AUGUUGUGCCGGCGGCAGGGUUGUCGCUUAGGGGUCACUUGUGGCGGCCUCACUGCGGCGGCAACACAAAAAGCCGCAGGUGGGGGCGGGCAGCAACGCUUCAAGGCAACAAGAACAACGCCCGAGAGGCCCGCGGCGGGCCCAGCGCUACUGCGUCCAGAUCGCGUAGAGGCGGAGCGGCCUUUUCAGCAACGACUUGCAGUGCCGCAAGACGAGUUGUUGCCUGCACCGUCGUUCCCCACCUCGUGCCAAGCCAGCAUGAAAACAGAAAUGUCACGACAGCCUUCUUGCACCACCGCCGUGCACGCAAGAGAUGACGUGCGAUUUCAUCGACGCCUUGGCGGCCGCUUCACCAGUCUGUGUGACCAGGAGAAGUUUUACGGCACUGCGGAGGUGGCGUUCCACACCAUUUAUCAAGACAUUCAGCUGCGGCUGCAUUGGGCACGGGAGGCCCUGCGCCUCCUACAAGAGGCUCUGCCGCAGGCGUCGUACGGGCCAACGCCCGUUCCUCGACGUCUUGUGGUGCUUGUGUUGUAUUCGCACACACAGCACAACGCUGCGGUAGGGCUAUAUAUGCGGCGUAUCAGUUCGCAGGUAAGAGCAAUGCUUGCCGAGAACCACGAAGAGGUGCUGGGCGUCUUGACCGCUGUCGUGGGGGUGAAGUGGCGGAGCCUCACGACGGCUGAAGCGAAUGGCAUGGGCCAAAAAAAUAAUAGUGAUGCCGCGGCGCUCCAUGACGACUUUCUCUGGUACCCCAACGCUGGCCUGUACACCUUCAAUGCCAUGAUACAGUGCCUCUGCCGGGUUGGGCUUGACGCAGACACACAGGGCAAGGCGCGUGCCUCCCUUCAGCUACAUCGAAAGAUUUUAACUAUAUCUGAGGGUUGGUUUCAUGUGCGCACGGCUGCAGAACUGCACCAGCCACCGCGAGCGCCAUAUGGGGCAGCUGUCGACACGGUGGAUGUGGAGCCACUGCCAUUUGUGUUGGGCAGCGCUCACACCGCGGAGGAACUGCAUCAGUUCGCCCGCUACACAGCCUGCCGGGCUUUAGCUCUGUGA